CAAAAUAUGGGUAUACCGUAGAUAUAAUAUUAUACAUAAUGCACAUGAAAAUAUUAUCUGUAUCAGGAGUAACCUGACUUCGCUCAGAAAAAUUAGUUGAAUGUUUAUUCUCUUAAUAUCCUCUUACAGGGAACACAGCUGCUUAUCACUUGGAUUUUCCCCGAAUAUUCCUGCUCAGAAGACGUUUAUUUUCGGCGCUUAUCGUUCAUGAACCGUUGAGCCGUUCGCAUCCAGCCAUGUCUUCACCAAAUGGUCCUCCAGUAUCAUUGAACUUAAUUCCAACACCCUACCACUCCUUACAGAGAGCUUAUGAUCCUUUCUUAGUGGACAUUAUCGGCGACACCGGCACUCUCACCCCCGGGUACGUCUGCGACGUGUCCGUCGGGUGUCUCAGUGUGCAAUCCACUUUCUGGGACCCCAACCCGAUACGGGUGCCGUUCAACCGCUUGAUAACGUGGUCGGUGGAUGGAUUCCGUGAAGACCCGGUAUGGAAUACAGACUCCUUAUCCCCGAGCGAAGCGCUGAUCAGUCGCGGUGUCGGUGAACCGGCGCAGUGGCAGAGCGUGCGCGUACUGCAGGAACACCGCUUUCAGAGCACGGUGAUGAUUUCCGAUUGGUGGCUCGUGCUGGUGGAAGGCAUCGACUGUCAACGCUAUCUAAUUAGCGAAGACCUGGCGAACCCGGCGUCCCAGCGUCUGCGAUCUCUUCGCGCCCGCUAUUCCAAUGUCACACAGAAAACCUUUCGGAAGACGACCGUGCGGCUACCGGAGCGGAUGGUCGGGGUGAUGCGCGAGUGUAUGUACCGCCGCAGUUUUUGGCUGUGCUGGUCGCGCGAUACCCAGUCCAGAAUUAUCGACAUGGUGAACAGCCGUCUGACAGUGUUGAGCCGAGGACCGUUGAGCACAUUGGCCCAGAAGCACAUUGAUGACUUGCUACUAUUAAGCGUCGACAAGUUGAAGACUCUGUUUUGGGUGCAGUCGUUUUUACUAGAAGCGCAACCGCAUUUUAUCAAAUCUUUACUGAAUAACAUGAUUGUGUUUAUCGACGAAGAAGGAUUCCCGGCGUCCACCAUGAUACAAUUCGGUGACACGCCAUUGCUGGUCCGAAUCGAAGUGUUUUCCCAUCUUGAUCACUAUGAGCGUCGGUGUUUACAAAGAGUUUCGAUCAGCUGGCAAGCAAUCCUACAGUGUCCGUUUCUGCGCACGGACGCCAUAAUUCCAUAUCGAGAUCAGGAAUCCCCGCAUCAUCUCGUCCAGCGAAUACAAAUGUCCGUGACAACCACCACGCGCACCGUGUAUCUACAGGGACCAUGGUUUGAUUUCCUCGAACCAAUGGCCGUGUUAUUUUCCUAUAUGAAUAUCCGCCUACCCUGGCUGGUGAUGGUGGAUAACGAGUGCAACGUCCGGGAUUUUCUCAACUGGGACGCUAACCGCCUCACGAGCGCCCUGUCGCAGAUCUGCCGCAAUAUUGCUUUUAAACGCUAUUCCUGCUACCGGCAUCUACAUGAAUUUCUCCAUGGAGCGCCCGUCGAAUUUGAUUACCGAACAAAGCUCAGUAUUUUCAUUCCCGGUUUUGCCUACUCUGUCGCUAAGGAAUCGGAAUGCGAUGUCCAAUUAGCGCUUUCUAAUCACCUGGAUGAAAUUAUCCAACCAUUGGAAUCCUUCAAGUAUCUUCUUAUACAAGCGUGUAUUGCGGAUUUAAACCAGAUUUUUGAAAAGCCCGGAUGGAAAGAAUGUUACUGGACAACUUUUCUUUUGUGCUUCACUAAAUGGAGAGUUCAGCCACCGAGGUCUUUAGACCACGCUACACGAUUCCCUUUCGCACAACUGCCCCGAAAAAACUUGGUGUUACAUACGCUGAGUAUGUGGACAAAAGCAGUGGACAAUCAGCUGUCCAGCGAGGGAUUUCUAUAAGAACCGUUUGCUGUCCGUCGCCGCUGUUCGCACCCCGGACAUUUUCAAAUACUGUAUUUCUCCGUUUUCACAAUAUAGACACAUGGUAUUUCUCCGUGUUGCUCCACAUGACAAAAACUGUUCGAAAUUUGGUCACAUAAUGAUUGUUGUUUUUGUACAAGCUUGUACAAGAUAUUAGUGCAACAUUUU